GUAACGGAUGAUUCCGAAAUGGCACUUUCGCUGGCAGCUAGCUUGUCGCGUUGCGGCACUUUCAGUGCUCCUGACAUUGCUUGUAGCUACGUGUAUUGGAUCCAAUCUUCACCACCUGAUGUCGGAGUGUCUACGAGAAAUGCACUGUCCAUAGGUAGGCAGCUGCCAGUGGAUUGGCAUUUGAAGUACACUGAUAAAGAGAAAGAAUCUGUCCAUCAGGAAGUGCUGUCAAACGUGAAACAACUUAAUUAUGGUAGUUUAAGUAAUGGUUGCCUGAUGCGUAUUUCUCCGCUUGCUAUCUUUUCUCUUAACGCACCGAUAGAGAGAGUCCGGGAAAUGGUACAUGCCGACUGUUCGCUUACUCAUUGCGAAGAAGAUUGUGUAGAAGCUGUGUUUUCUUAUGUUAUGGCUAUCCGAGAACUACUUAAUGGAAAAAAUGGAGCGGUAUGUUGCAGUAGUAAUACAGUGUAAAA